UCCUGGGGUAUCCUACCCCCCCAGCAGUGUAAAGUUUGCCAUCUGCAGCCAGACUGCACCAUGAGUGUCAGCUGAGAGGUACCUGUGAUUUCUGCCCCAGCGUCGCAUUUCACCCAUCCUCAUGUACCUGCGGCCGGAACCUGAACAGGGCUGGUACCCCACCCAUGUCCAGGUCACCAUCCUAGAAGCCAAAGGCCUUCGAGCAAAGGGAAAACAUGACACCAGUGAUGCCUACACACUGAUCCAAGUAGGCCGGGAAAAGUACAGCACCUCUGUGGUGGAGAAGACUCCCGGUUCGCCAGAAUGGAAGGAGGAAUGUACUUUCGAGCUGUCCUCGGGAGCCCUGGAGAGGGGGGAGAACUGCGAGCUCCAGCUGACGGUCAUGCACCGCGCUCUGAUUGGCAUGGAUCAGUUUCUGGGGCAGAUCAGCAUACCUCUGCAUCAGGUCUUCCAAGAGGGGCGAUCUCAGAGGAACCAAUGGUACAAGCUCUGCGCUAAGCCGGGGAAGAAGAAUGAGAAGGAGCGAGGGGAGAUCCAAGUCUCCAUCCAGUUCACCCGCAACAACCUGACUGCCAGCAUGUUCGACCUCUCCAUGAAGGACAAGCCGAAGACUCCUUUUGGGAAGCUGAAGGACAAGAUGAAGAACAAGAAGCGCUUCGACAUGGAAUCGUCCUCCGCCAUCGUGCCGAGCAGCGUUGGCCGCCUGGACAGCGACGAGGAGGAGGAGAAGAAACCAAAGUCGAAGGCGGCCGCGUUCUUCAAAGGGCACCUGAGGAAGAGCUCCCUCACCAGGUCCAAUACGUCUCUGGGCUCGGACAGCACCAUCUCCUCUUCCAGCGGCGCUGUGCCCAACAAUCCCGCCGUCUCCAUAGUGGUGUCUGAUACCGGCAAGAAGCCUGCGGCCAGGAACAACAGCCUCUCCCUAGAACCCUCAGUUAUGGACCACGAAGCAUCUCCAAGGUUGACUCACAAGAGGGCCUUCAGUGACGAAGUCGGUCAGGUGAAUACGUUCCCUGAACCAAAGGGCGUGCAGAACCUCAAACCAAAGAGCAGCCCCAUUUCCAAAUCUUCAGUGUGCAUCAAUGGAAGCCAUGUCUACGCAGAAGUGCCUCCUCCAAAGUCUCCCUCUCUGGAGAGAUCUUCACAGGCCUCCAAAUCUUUUCAGAAUAUUCUAAAGAAAGCAGAAGAGGCCGUGGUUCCUGAGGUCCCGAUAAGACAGACCCAGGCUGGCGAGAAACAGGAGCGCAAGCCGGCCACUCUUCCAGUGUUCUCUACAGAAGAGGGAAAGACCUCCCUAAAAAUUACUCCAAAGCCAAAAACUGACCAGACCAAAGCAGAGACCAAACCCGUGCAAGUGACGUCACCCAUGGUGUUCUCGGAGGACCUCUCCAAGAAUAAAGCUCCAGAAGUUCAGGCCAAAGAUGAGAAAGCCAAGGAUGGCUCACAACUUGGAUCUGGAAAGAACGAAAGAUCUAAUAAGAGCAUUGAAGACCCCAGACCACAUGUGCCUUCCAGCUCUGAGGAGAGAAGCAAAGUUGGCAGCUGGUUUGGUUCCAAAGAGGCAAAGGAUGUGCCACAAAAACCAAGCCCGCACCCUGUGAAGCCCAUCAGUGCCGCCCCCUCAGAAUCGCCUCCCGAUAAGAAGGUCCAUAAGCCGAUUUUGUCUGCAGCGCUGACCAGCAGCCUGGAGGUGCUGAAACAUGUGACUGGACAUCAUCCGUCUGGCAAGAAGCAUGAGCAGGAGCGACUCAAGGAUGUGUCCUCUCCAGACCUGGCAGCCAAAUAUUACCACCUGACCCAUGACGAGCUGAUCCAGAUGUUGCUGCAGCGAGAGGCUCAGCUGGAGAGAAAGGAGUACCAUGUGCAGGAGUUAGAAGAAUACAUAGACAGACUUCUGGUGCGCAUUAUGGACCAGGCACCUGCGCUUCUCCAGGCUCCUCUGGAGACCAAGAAAUAAAGCCACGGUGUGAGAGAACUGGGGAUGUGAGUGCGGCCAGUGGCCCGAUGGCAGG